CAAGAAUGGCGAGCAGCGAGGAUCUCGGUGUUGUUGCUGCCAUGUCCUUUGGCUUAACUUAUUUUUAUUGGAAAAAGAAUAAUGAACAACGGAGAAAAAGAAAAAGACUGCAAAGAAGGUGGUGGAUGAUAACAGUUCACAAAAAUCGUACCAAGAAGUUCAUAGAAGAAAAAUUUGUUGAGCUCUUGCGUGAACCGUCUGGAGAGUUCGAUAAUUUUUGUCGAAUGACCUUUACUGAUUUUGAAAUUCUGCUGAGUAAAAUUUCACCGAUAAUUUCUAAGCAAGACACAGAUUUCAGAGAAGCUAUUCCAGCAAAAUUUCGCCUUAUCAUGACGCUAAGAUUUUUAGCAUCUGGUGAUAGCUACAGAAGUCUACACUAUCUGUUUAAAGUCUCCAAAGCAUCUAUAUCAGGAAUUAUACGGGAAGUCACUAGAGCACUCAAUGAAGUUCUAAAAGAUGAAGUAAAGAUGCCCACAACAGCGGACGGUUGGUUAGAUAUCGAACAAGGAUUUAGAAGAAAAUUUCCACACUGUAUCGGGUCAAUAGACGGGAAGCAUAUCGUAAUGGAAAAUCCUUAUCACAGUGGAACCGAGUUUUAUAACUAUAAGAAAACUUUUAGCAUUGUUCUAAUGGCACUAGUGGAUAGCAAUUAUAAAUUUAUAUUUGCCGACAUAGGAAGCCAAGGAAGAAUAAGUGAUGGUGGUGUAUUCAACAAUUCAUUGUUAUGGAAAAAAAUCUGUAGAAACGAAUUAGAUCUACCCACACCAUGUCCUCUUCCCGGAUCAAAUAUUGAUGUGCCAUAUGUCUUCAUAGGCGAUGGUGCUUUUGCACUCAGUACACAUGUAAUGAAACCAUACCCUGGCAAUCAUGAUUCGGAUUCACAAAAAAGGAUAUUUAAUAAAUGUCUGUCCAAAUCCCGAGUUGUGGUGGAAAACACAUUUGGAAUCUUAAGUGCAGUAUUUAGAAUAUUUCGACGACCAAUUGAUCUGGCUCCAGAUAUGGUAUCACAAUUGACAAUGACAUGUGUACUGCUACACAACUUUCUCAGAAACAGUAAAAAUUCCGCAGCAAGAUAUACUCCUCCAGGAACGUUUGAUGAAUACAAUGAUAACGGCAAUCUGACAAGGCCUGGAUCGUGGCGAACAAACGCAGAUGGAUAUAACGCGAUAAGAGAUUUGCCAAUGAUAGCACGAAGAUCACCUCUGAACGCUAGAGAAGUCAGGGACGAAUUUUCUUCAUAUUUUUAUAGGGCUAUCCACUAACAAUGUACCUACCUACAUAUUAUGUUACAAUAAGUAAAUGUAUAACUUUUUUGUUUUAAUGAAAAAUAAAUGACUGUUACA